AUGAGCAAAGUGAUUAAGCCUCCUAGCCAAGCCAGAACGGCUGAUUUCCGUACUUUAGAACGUGAAUCCCGGUUCAUCAACCCUCCUAAGGACAAAUCAGCAUAUCCACUAUUACAGGAAGCUGUUCAACCUCACAUUGGGUCUUUUAACGCACUAACAGAAGGUCCGGAUGGAGGCUUGUUAAACCUUGGUGUUAAAGACAUUGGUGAAAAAGUUAUAUUUGAUGGGAAACCGCUCAAUUCUGAAAAUGAAUUAUCCAACAGCGGUUACCUCGGGAAUAAGCUUUCUCUUAGUGUAGAGCAAGUGUCUAUUGCCAAGCCCAUGUCUAAUGAUGGCGUUUCUUCUGCAGUAGAGAGGAAAGUUUAUCCAAGCGAGUCAAGGCAAAGACUUACCUCUUAUAGAGGUAAAUUACUUUUAAAGCUGAAGUGGUCCGUGAACAGUGGAGAGGAGAACUUAUUCGAAGUAAGAGAUUGUGGUGGCCUACCAGUUAUGCUACAAAGUAACAGAUGUCACUUGAACAAGAUGUCACCGUACGAAUUGGUACAACACAAGGAAGAAUCUGAUGAAAUAGGUGGUUACUUUAUUGUCAACGGUAUAGAAAAACUUAUUAGAAUGUUGAUUGUGCAACGUAGAAAUCAUCCUAUGGCUAUUAUCAGACCAUCUUUUGCUAACAGAGGUGCAUCUUAUUCUCAGUAUGGUAUUCAAAUUAGAUCUGUCAGACCGGAUCAAACCUCUCAGACUAAUGUUCUGCAUUACUUAAAUGAUGGUCAAGUGACAUUUAGAUUUUCUUGGAGAAAAAACGAAUAUUUGGUUCCUGUUGUUAUGAUUCUAAAAGCCUUGUGUCACACUAGCGAUAGGGAAAUUUUUGAUGGUAUUAUUGGUAACGAUGUUAAGGAUUCAUUUUUAACCGAUCGUUUAGAAUUACUAUUACGUGGUUUUAAAAAAAGAUAUCCUCAAUUGCAAAAUCGUACACAAGUCUUGCAAUACUUGGGAGACAAAUUUCGUGUUGUCUUUCAAGCUUCCCCUGAUCAAUCUGAUUUGGAAGUCGGACAAGAAGUCCUUGAUCGCAUCGUUUUAGUGCAUUUAGGGAAGGAUGGCAGCCAGGAUAAAUUCAGAAUGUUGCUGUUCAUGAUCAGAAAGUUGUAUUCUUUGGUUGCAGGCGAAUGUUCUCCAGAUAACCCAGAUGCUACGCAACAUCAGGAAGUUCUUUUGGGUGGUUUCUUAUAUGGUAUGAUUUUAAAAGAAAAAAUUGAUGAAUACUUACAGAGUAUUAUUGCCCAAGUCAGGAUGGAUAUCAACCGUGGUAUGGCCAUUAAUUUUAAAGAUAAAAGGUACAUGUCAAGGGUUUUAAUGAGGGUUAAUGAAAAUAUCGGUUCCAAAAUGCAAUACUUUUUGUCAACAGGUAACCUAGUGUCUCAAUCUGGGUUAGAUUUACAGCAAGUUUCUGGUUAUACUGUUGUUGCAGAAAAAAUUAACUUCUACCGUUUUAUUUCUCAUUUUAGAAUGGUUCAUAGAGGCUCCUUUUUUGCACAGUUGAAGACCACCACCGUUAGAAAGUUGCUACCGGAGUCAUGGGGAUUUUUGUGCCCUGUUCAUACACCGGAUGGUUCCCCUUGUGGUUUAUUAAACCAUUUCGCGCACAAGUGUCGUAUAUCAACUCAGCAAUCUGAUGUCUCAAAAAUUCCUUCAAUAUUAUACUCACUUGGGGUUGCUCCGGCAUCUCACACAUUUGCCGCUGGUCCUUCUCUGUGUUGUGUCCAAAUUGACGGUAAAAUUAUUGGUUGGGUCUCUCAUGACCAAGGUAAGAUCAUUGCUGAUACAUUGAGAUAUUGGAAGGUUGAAGGCAAGACCCAUGGGUUACCAAUUGAUCUAGAAAUCGGUUAUGUUCCUCCAUCAACUCGUGGUCAAUAUCCAGGUCUUUACCUAUUUGGGGGACAUUCCAGGAUGCUGCGUCCUGUUCGUUACCUGCCUUUGGAUAAGGAAGACAUUGUUGGACCUUUCGAGCAAGUGUACAUGAAUAUUGCUGUCACACCCCAAGAAAUCCAAAACAACGUUCAUACACACGUCGAAUUUACGCCCACGAAUAUUCUUUCUAUUUUGGCUAAUUUGACCCCAUUUUCUGACUUUAACCAGUCCCCAAGAAACAUGUAUCAGUGUCAGAUGGGUAAACAAACUAUGGGUACUCCAGGUGUAGCUUUAUGUCAUCGUUCUGACAAUAAGCUGUAUAGGUUGCAAACCGGUCAAACACCUAUCGUGAAAGCUAACUUAUAUGAUGAUUAUGGUAUGGAUAAUUUUCCAAAUGGGUUUAAUGCUGUUGUUGCGGUCAUCUCGUAUACUGGUUAUGAUAUGGAUGAUGCAAUGAUUAUAAACAAAUCCGCAGAUGAAAGAGGUUUUGGUUAUGGUACCAUGUAUAAGACUGAGAAAGUGGAUUUGGCACUCAAUAGAAAUCGUGGUGACCCAAUUACACAGCAUUUCGGUUUUGGAAAUGACGAAUGGCCAAAGGAAUGGCUCGAAAAACUAGAUGAGGAUGGUUUGCCAUAUAUCGGUACUUAUGUCGAAGAGGGUGAUCCAAUUUGUGCAUACUUCGACGAUACUUUAAAUAAGACAAAAAUCAAAACAUAUCAUUCCUCUGAACCGGCAUAUAUCGAAGAAGUAAACCUAAUUGGUGACGAAUCUAAUAAGUUCCAAGAAUUACAAACUGUCAGCAUAAAAUAUCGUAUUAGAAGAACACCUCAAAUUGGUGAUAAAUUUUCUUCUAGACACGGUCAGAAAGGUGUUUGCUCAAGAAAAUGGCCAACCAUUGACAUGCCUUUCAGCGAAACAGGUAUUCAACCAGAUAUUAUCAUUAACCCUCAUGCUUUCCCCUCGCGUAUGACCAUUGGUAUGUUCGUCGAAUCUUUAGCAGGUAAGGCAGGUGCAUUGCACGGUAUCGCACAAGAUUCCACACCUUGGAUCUUCAACGAGGACGACACCCCAGCCGAUUACUUUGGUGACCAACUGGCGAAGGCAGGUUACAAUUACCACGGUAAUGAGCCGAUGUAUUCAGGUGCUACCGGUGAAGAAUUGAGGGCAGAUAUUUAUGUUGGUGUUGUCUACUACCAAAGAUUACGUCAUAUGGUCAAUGAUAAGUUCCAAGUCCGUUCUACCGGUCCUGUGAAUAGUUUGACUAUGCAACCUGUCAAAGGUAGAAAGAGACAUGGUGGUAUUCGUGUCGGUGAAAUGGAAAGAGAUGCAUUGAUUGGACACGGUACAUCUUUUCUGUUACAGGACCGUCUACUAAAUUCAUCAGAUUACACACAGGCAUCCGUGUGCCGCGAGUGUGGUUCUAUUUUGACCACACAACAGAGCGUGCCAAGAAUUGGUUCGAUUUCGACGGUUUGUUGCCGUCGUUGUUCCAUGAGAUUCGAAGAUGCGAAGAAGCUGUUGACCAAAUCAGAAGAUGGAGAAAAGAUUUUCAUUGACGACUCUCAAAUUUGGGAAGAUGGACAAGGGAACAAAUUUGUUGGUGGUAAUGAAACAACUACGGUGGCUAUACCAUUUGUAUUGAAAUACUUGGAUUCUGAGCUAUCCGCAAUGGGUAUAAGAUUGCGUUAUAAUGUUGAACCUAAAUAG